CUCAACUUUCCCUUGACUCCUCUUCACGCAUUUCUUCACCUUUUGAAAGAAGAUUUGGAGCACAGCAAAGAUGGCUGAACCAAAGAAUACAUCCAACCAGCGAUUGACCCAGAUCAAGGACUUCUUGACAAUGAACAAAACAGCCACCACCAUUCCUUGGGACCCCGAUUGCACCAAGUUCCCGACGCGUCAGGAGCUUCCCGUGAUUCCCGGAGCUCCGGAAGGAGCUGCUUGGGUGUGGGGAGAUAAUGAUUAUAUUGGACGUCUUAACCUGUUGACUCCAACCCGCGUUGCUGCCGCUUCAAAGGAGAUCAGGACUGGAGAAAUCGUUUCCGUGAACUUGCCGCUGGAUACGCCAGCUCAGCCCGCUUUCAACCGCGAAGUGUUCAAGCAUGAGAUCAAGAUCAAGGCUGAGAAUUUAUGUUACGAUGAUAUCUAUCAUCUGAACACGCAGAGUGGCACGCAGUGGGAUGGAUUCAGACAUUUUGCUCAUCUGGCAUCCGGAACGUUCUACAACGGUACCAAAGGAUCAGACAUUGUUGGCCCUAAAGCGAACCACAAGUGCUCCAUUCAUCAUUGGGCCGAGCACGGCAUUGCUGGGCGUGGUGUUCUCCUCGACUAUAAGCGCUAUGCAGACAAGAAGGGAAUAAAAUACGACUGCUACGAUCAUUAUCCCAUUUCUUGGGAAGAACUCUCCCAGUGCGGCAAAGACCAAGGCAUCGACAUCCGCCCACAGGCCCAAGGCGGGGACAUCAAAAUUGGCGACAUACUCUUCAUCCGCACUGGCUGGACGGAAGCGUACCACAGCAAACCAGAAGAGGAACGAAACGCCCUUGCACUCCGACCACAUAGCCUAGGCAAGGAUGACGGGCAGCGAUAUGUCGGCGUCAGUCAGGAACCUAAGAUGAUGGAUUGGCUACAUGAUUGCUACUUUUCAGCAGUGUCUGGAGAUGCUCCGACGUUUGAAGCGUGGCCAAGUCACGAGGAGUACUAUCUCCACGAGUACAUUCUAGCAUUAUGGGGAAUGCCGCUCGGUGAGAUGAUGGAUUUGGAGAAGCUUUCUCAAAAGUGCCUUGAGCGGAAUCGGUACACUUUCUUCUUUUCUAGUGCUCCUGCGAACUGCCCAGGUGGUGUCAGUUCGCAUGUGAACGGAACGGCAAUUCUAUGAGAUUACAUUGUCGACGAUCUCACAAUUGGCCCGCAAAUUGGCACCGGGGGGGUACACUGUCACGUGCAGCUACUUUAGUGAAUGGCAACCAUAGAUUCUUCAUGUAUAGCUACGAGUGUGCUUUCCAAUAUGAAAGUAUCUACGAAGGAGUUCGUUUUGGGCGUUAGUAUUCGUACACCCCCUUUUCGGUAUUCGUACACCCCCUUUUUCGGUAAACAUACACCCCCCUCCCCCUGUCGUUUCACCACCUUCUGAUUGGCCCGGAGAGGUUCGCUAUAGCCCUUCUGCCGCCACGGCUAGCGUUCUACGCUACGGCGGAGGAAGCGCAUACUGCUAUAUAAGCGCACGCCUCAUCGCAGGGCUACAGGUUGAUUAAAUACCGUAGCAAACCGGACAAAUACAAUAGGACACGAAAGAUAUAGUAUCGCUGCAACUUCGCAGGCUACGGCACGUAG